AUGGGCCUCGAGGUACCUACUCCAAAGAGGUGGGUCAGGUUCGAGCGGAUUGAGUCCACUUUAGCGGUCUCCAACUUGGGUUUCAGGGUUUCUUUAGCGGGGUCGGCUCUUUUCCGCGCCGAGCUUUUUGCACGCAGUCUGUGGGGCUCUCCUGAUUACAUCAUCAAAUCCUGUUAUCGGCAAAUUCAAGAAUCGCACCUCACUGUCAAUGUUCCGUUUCCGCCAAAGCCCAGGAUGUCUGUGUCAGCAUUAAAAAUCAACCGCGCGGUGCUUCAGACAAAGCUCUCCAUCACCAACGAACCAUCCGUCGUCGGCUCCGACCUGAGCUCGUUAACGGGGAUGCGUCCCGUCUACUAUUCCAAAAGGCCAUCAAAGUGCAAAUACAAAGGCUCCCACCCGAUAUCCUAUUUUUCGGUGUGUCGCGGGUUCCUGCAUUGCAUCGGUGCGGCUCUGGUGUAUCCCAGCCUGGCUCCCGUCCAUUAUGUUUCUAUCCCGGCCGCAUCCCUGGGAGCCAUCACAACCUCAAAAGCAGCUUUGUGGCUGGAGUUGACCUGGAUAUCAUCAAACGUGUCUUUUCUAUAUAUGGAGUUGAAUCUGGUACCAAGCACCAACAUCGCGAAUGUCGCUGAUGACUUGCCUACAUCUCAGAGCUCUAUGCAAUCCAUUGGCCAAGUUACCGAACCAAUUAGCUCGUCAGAUGCUUUGACGCUCCUCGCCGAGACAACCAACGCGAACGCGCAUCGAACCAAAAAAUCUCGACAGGCCACUUGCAUUGGUGGUUCGCGUUUCUGGAUGUGCUGUCAAAACUACAAUCAGCAACCUCACAUCACCGAUUUGAGAUGCCAUGCCCACCAGCCCGUGCGGGUGGCGCGGGAACCAUUGGCUUACACUCUCCCGUCCCUGCUGCAACCACUUGUCGCCUCCUCCCGAAGUCUCCAGACUUCCCAUCCCGUUUCACGGUUCGUCGAGGCCUCAUUGUUUCUUGUUUCUUGUUGUGGCCAACACGCUGCCCUCGUCCAGUGGAGUGCUCCAUGCAGCCAGGAUACGAAAACAUCGCCAACUGGCAGGUCCCUCAAAUAA